AUGUCAAGAAAGUCCAAAGCCACUUCCAAGAGAUUGCAUCUUACCAGACAUGCUCAGGCGGAACACAAUGUUGCAUCGGAUUAUACCAUCGCAGACGCACCAUUAACUGCCUUGGGUCGAAAACAAUCCCGAGAAUUAAAUGAAUUGACCAAGGAUACUUUCCAGAAAACAGCCGAGUUAUUGGUCUCUUCCCCUUUGAGAAGACCGAUGGAAACGAUGUUAAUUGGAUAUCCAUCCCUGAAAGAACGAUUAGAUAAAGAAGGUAAACCUGUCAUCCUCUUAGAUACAUUACAAGAAGUAGGACCCUACGCGUGCGACACGCCAACCUACCCAAUCUCCAAACUCAAAUCAUCCAACAAUGGUAUUUUCUCAGAUCUGGACUUUUCGACAUUAUCGGAAGACUACGCUAGUAAACAGGGUAUAUACGCUCCUGAGAAUGGAGGUGAGCGAGCUAAAAAGGUUAGACAUUGGUUAAGGGAUAGAGAAGAGAGUGAGAUCGUUGUCGUAGCUCACGGUGAUAUUUUGAGAUACCUGGUAGAUAAUCAACAGUCCAGCAGACCAUGGGAUAACGCCGAAGUGAAAGUCUUUACUUUCGUCUCGGAAGAUGACGAAAACGCCUCGUUAGUCGAGGUCGAUACUCACGCUGAGCCAAGAGACGCUACAGACGAGCCUACCAGUAGGGAGAUGAGGAAUUAA